GUAAGAGAAGAGAAAAUGGAAAUAUUUUUUCGCCAAACUGAUCGACAGGGCAAUGCGUUUUUUUCCAGCUAUCGACGCUUGAACGAAAUCCACGAGUUCGUAGAUAAACUUUCCGAAGAUUAUCCAAAUAUAACAGAGGUCAUUUCGGUUGGAAAAUCUUCUGAAGGAAGGGAUCUCAAGGCUAUUAAAAUUGGAAGCAAAACAUCCACUAAAUCCUCUAAAUCUGCCAUUUGGAUUGAUGGAGGUAUCCAUGCGCGGGAAUGGAUCAGCCCAGCUACAGUAACCUACAUUGCUUACAGACUGACGAAUGAUUACAGUAGUGACGAAGAAGUAAAAGAUUUAGUUGAUCAUUUCGAUUGGUACAUUUUGCCUGUUGUGAAUCCGGAUGGCUAUGAGUUCAGUCAUAAUUUUAAUAGGAUGUGGCGGAAAUCACGAAGAGGUGGUUUCAUCUUUUGUAAAGGAGUAGAUCUGAAUAGGAACUUUGGCUUUCACUGGAAAGAGGGAGGUUCAAGCUCCAGUCCCUGCAGUGACACCUAUGCUGGCUCUCAAGCAUUCUCAGAACCCGAGACCAAGGCCAUUUCAGACUACUUAUCACAACGCAAAGAAAAUUUCAUAGCUUAUCUCGCUGUCCAUUCUUACUCUCAGCUAUGGCUGACUCCUUGGGGAUGGACCAGUGACUUGCCUGAUGAUUAUGAUCAAAUGGUGGCAGUUGCACAAGAAGCAACUCAAGCUCUAUCUGAAGUACAUGGAACAAAAUACAGAAUUGGUUCAUCUACCAAUAUAUUGUAUGUGGCUACUGGUGGUGCUGAUGACUGGGCUUAUGGUUCAGCUGGUAUUAAAUAUUCAUACACCUUGGAACUUCGAGACACAGGAAGGUACGGUUUUCUUCUACCAUCAGAACAAAUAAUUCCAACUGGAGAAGAAACUUUUGCUGGAAUUAAAGCUAUGGCUAAGGCAAUAAAGAGAGAAGCAUAAAAACCAAACUAUGGGAAAAUAUUUUAUACAUUAUUAUAGUGAAUAUAAGCACAUUAAUUUAUUUCAAAUUGUGAAUUUUAAUGAAAGAAAAUAAACGUUUACUUUAGGUAAGUAAACGAAAAAUA